AUGGCAAGUCUGUCCAGGGUGCUGCAGCAAUGGGCCACUUUUGCUGGAGUUUGGUAUCUCCUAGAUGGGAAGAUGCAGCCCCCUGGCAAGCUUGCUGCCCUGGCAUCAGUUAGACUUCAAGGAUUGCAUAAGCCUGUGUACCAUCAACUGAGUGACUGUGGGGAUCAUGUUGUCAUCAUGAACACAAGGCACAUUGCCUUUUCUGGAAAUAAGUGGGAGCAAAAAGUGUACUCCUCACAUACUGGCUACCUAGGUAGAUUUAAGCAAGUAACAGCUGCUCAGCUUCACCGGAAGGAUCCAGUAGCAAUUGUAAAACUAGCUAUUUAUGGCAUGCUGCCAAAAAACCUUCCCAGAAGAACUCUGAUGCAGAGGUUGCACCUUUUCCUAGAUGAAGAUAUACCAGAAGAUAUUCUUAAGAAUUUAAUGGAAGAGCUUCCUCAACCACAAAAAGUGCCCAGACGUCUAGAUGAGUACACACAACAAGAAAUAGAGGCUUUUCUAAGAGUUUGGCCUCCACCUGAGGAUUACUGGCUGUAG